GAGUUGAAUGUUGCAGUGAAACAAAUGAUGAAGUUAGCGCGCGUUCAUCAAUGGAACAAGUACGAGUGAUGUUUUCAGCGCAGAGAAAAACUAUAUAGAGGAGUAAGAGUAUCAAAUGGUGAAAUUUUAGUAGUACAAGUUACUAGAUAACUUGAAUAAAACUGUUAUAAGCUGCUAUUGGAUGAGUAAUACGAACAAAUUAGAGGAUUGUUUAUCUUACUAAUAUUUACAUAUUAACAAACAGAUACACUUAGAUGUUUAUUUUUUUCUUCUGAAUAAUAAAAGGUGUUCAUUGUCUAUUUUGGUGUGCAACUUCUAAGGCAACUAUAGACAGAAUUGUAUAUUCGGUUUUAAAAAUAGUAUUAAACUUUUUGGUUAACCUAGGCGUACGGACACGUACGCUUGGCCCUAACCUAGCACCGAAUCAGUUAUUUGGUAAUUAUACGAAGAUUAGUCGGGAAAUAGUUUUGUAAACCUUUUGUGUAUUAUUAAUAUUACAUAAUAGUUUCUAAUGGUUUUGUGCGAUAUUUUUUUUUCUUGAGAUGCUGCGUUCGAAACUAUUUUUAGUUAACUAACCAUUCUUUUUUUAUUAAGUAAGGGUAAUAUUACUAAAGAUCUGUACUGUAAAAUAAAAUUUAUAAACUUAAAUUUCUAAAGACUAUUUCUAAUUUUCUAGUUAUGUUGAUUAAAAUUUGAAUGACUAUAUUUUUAAAGAAAAUCUUAUAUAAAUAUAAAUUGAGUGGUAUUUCUUGUAAAUAUUACAUAUGAGUAAGAUUAUAAUUUUUGAAAAUAAAUAAUAUUUCAUAUUAUACAAUAAACACACAUGUUUUGAAUGCUAAUUCCUUUUGAAUUCCUAGCAAGUAAGAAUUGGAAUUGUCGUUCAAAUUACUAAAAGUGGAUAAUGUUUUUGUCAAACAACGGAAAACGUAUAACUUCGUUUUCUAUAAACUAACGAAAUUGUUCAAAGUGUCUCCAAUAAAAUAUAAUUCAUUUGUUUUUAAUAAACUAAAUUAAUCUUCAUUUCUAUUGUGUUCCAUCCAUAUCAAGAAGAAGAAUAUACAUAUGCAUCUUAACAGAUUUCUAUUUUAAAUAUUGGACUAUGAUAAACCAUAUAAAAGGUUGUAUAAUUUGUUACCAAAGAAAAAAAAAACAUAAAUGAAAGGAAAACAAAUCAUAAAUUAACUGCUAGUACUAGUGUGGAAGUCCCCUUAAUUCAGUGGUUUGAUUAAGGGUUCAUUAAUGCUUUUACAUCAAGAGAUCUGGGGUUUAAACUCCAGAAAACGCAAAUUAUGUAGAUCAUAGAGAAAAAUGGUUACAAGAGAUCUUCAGCAUGAUGCAAGGACGUAUCAUCGAACAUGGAUCUCAUAGGGCGGCUCGGAGCGAUGCAGUCAGACGUGCAUUCUCAUAUGAUGGUAGAAUUGUCGACUGUAGAAUCGUCUAUGUAAUAUUUUUCAUCGUUGUAAUAGCAUAAUUAAUUAGACGUUAAAAAAAAAAAACUGCUAGUACUAGUUUAGUAGUGUGUCUCACGUGCGACGAGGAAACCCUUUUUUAUUUACAUACCGUGAGCUGACAUAAGCUCAUUGCUUAUGUUAAUGUUACAGCUACCGUCACGUUUUACUAUAUGACAGUCCAAUCAUUUUAACCUCUGUCUCCAACCUGGCGCGUGACAAUAACUCUCUUCUCUCUCCACUUCCCCAUAAAAUCAAAAACUCUGUUUUUUUUUUUUCUUACUUGCCAUAACAAAGGAGAGAAGAGAGAGUAAUGGCUGAUAAGAAAUUGAUUUCAUCUUCUUCUUCUUCAACUACAUCGAUUUACGAUACUCGUAGUAGUAAUAAUAGUAAUCAUCAUAAUCCACCGUCUUCUUCCGACGAGAUUUCUCUGUUUCUCCGGCAUAUUUUCGACCGUUCUUCUCCUUUACCUUCCUACUAUUCUCCGGCGACGAUGACUACGGUGGUUCACGGUGACCCACAUGCAGAAAACCCGAGACGUUUCGUUUCUCCCCAAACGUCGAAGGUUUUAGUCGGCUCCGGCGUUGGAUCAAGCUCCGCCACCGCGUGUUAUGGUUUCUCCAGGGUUGGUGGUGGUAAUAAUAACAUUGCGCAAGGAAACAGCUCAGGGACUCGUGUUUCGUCUUCGGCAGUUGGAGCUAGCGGGAACGAGACCGACGAGUAUGACUGUGAAAGCGAGGAAGGAGUAGAAGUUGUGUUUGACGAUGAACUUCUCUGCAAGUCUCGUACCUCAUCAAAGAGAUGCAGAGCUGCUGAAGUUCAUAACUUGUCUGAAAAGAAAAGAAGAAGUAGGAUCAAUGAAAAGAUGAAAGCUUUACAAAGUCUCAUCCCUAAUUCAAAUAAGGUAAGAUACAUAUUCAUUCACAUGAAUCAUUUUUCUCUCUUUUGUUUCUUAUUGUCUCUGAAAUAUAUUAUUCAAUGUAAUGACAUUUGCGGGAAGACGGAUAAGGCUUCAAUGCUUGAUGAAGCCAUAGAGUAUCUGAAACAGCUUCAGCUCCAAGUUCAGAUGUUGACAAUGAGGAAUGGGGUAAACUUACAUCCUCUGUGCUUACCUGGAACUACAUUACACCCAUUGCAACUCUCUCAGCUCCUACCUGUGGUUCCUCCAGAAGCAACCAAUGAUUCUCUGUUUAAUCACACCAAUCAUUUUGCUUCCACUUCUAAUGCACCGGCAAUGAUCAACACAGACGCGUUGGAACCUUCCAUUCGCAGUCACUUUGGACCUUUCCCUCUCCUUACUUCACCUGCGGAGAUGAGUGGUGAAGGAGUGUUAACUCAUUCACGGUUAAACGUUGGUCAUUCCAAUACAAACUUAACCGGGAGACAAGCUGCGCUUAAUGGUCAACAACCUGACCUAAAAGAUCGACUUAGUUGAACAGAAGCAUCUCAACUCUGGGUUCUUAUUUCUUAGGAGGCAAGCAACAAAGCCUGUCAAUGAAAAUUCAUUUAGGUUUCUAUUUCCUUAUAAAUCGUUGUUAACACGAACUCUAGAGCCUAGUCUUUGAAUCUAAUUAGCUACUUUAGCAAAAAAUCUAAAGGUAUGAAUGGUGACCAAGGAAUGACGAGGAACAAAUGCAUUCCCUAACAUUCCUUUAAGAAAUCACCAUUCAUAAGGAAUAAUUUUUCUUUCUCAUUCCCUACCAUUCCUUUUUUUUUGUAGAGAAAUAAAGAACAAAUUAAUUCCUUGUUAAAUAUGGGAUGGAACAACCAUUCAUUUUCAUUCCUGCAA